AUGGCCGACGUGGACCCCGACACCCUGCUGGAGUGGCUCCAGAUGGGUCAGGGCGACGAACGCGACAUGCAGCUCAUCGCAUUGGAGCAGCUCUGCAUGCUGCUGCUCAUGUCCGACAACGUGGACCGAUGCUUUGAGACGUGCCCCCCGCGGACCUUUCUCCCAGCGCUGUGCAAGAUCUUCCUGGACGAGAGCGCCCCAGACAAUGUCCUGGAGGUGACGGCUCGUGCCAUCACAUACUACCUGGAUGUGUCGGCCGAGUGCACGCGCAGGAUCGUGGGCGUGGACGGCGCCAUUAAAGCACUGUGCAACCGCCUGGUGGUGGUGGAGCUCAACAACAGGACCAGCAGAGAUCUGGCCGAGCAGUGUGUCAAGGUCCUGGAAUUGAUCUGCACCAGGGAGUCUGGCGCUGUGUUCGAGGCAGGCGGCCUGAACUGCGUGUUGAGCUUCAUCAGGGACAGCGGCCACCUGGUGCACAAAGACACGCUGCACUCGGCCAUGGCCGUCGUGUCGCGCCUCUGCAGCAAGAUGGAGCCCCAGGAUCCCUCGCUGGAGACCUGCGUCGAGUCUCUGUCCAGCCUCCUCAAGCACGAAGAUCACCAGGUGUCAGACGGCGCCUUGCGCUGCUUUGCCUCGCUGGCCGACCGCUUCACGCGGCGCGGCGUGGAUCCGGCACCCCUGGCCAAACACGGUCUGACAGAGGAGCUGCUGUCACGCAUGGCGGCGGCCGGUGGUGGAGCAGCAGCGGGCCCCUCAUCGGCUUGCAAACCUGGCCGCGCGUCUGCCGGCGCCACCCCCUCCGCCCCCGACUCCAAGCUCAGCAACCAAGUGUCCACCAUCGUCAGCCUGCUCUCCACCCUCUGCAGGGGUUCGCCGCUUGUAACGCACGAUCUGCUUCGCUCAGCGUUGCCCAACUCCAUGGAGUGCGCCCUGGGUGGGGACGAGCGCUGCGUGCUGGACACAAUGCGUCUGGUGGACCUGCUGCUGGUUCUGCUCUUCGAGGGCCGCAAGGCACUUCCCAAGUCCACGGCAGGCUCCUCCAGCCGCAUCCCCUGCCUGCGGCGCUUGGACAGCUCGGGAGAACGAUCCCACCGACAGCUCAUCGACUGUAUACGAAGCAAAGACACAGACGCGCUCAUAGACGCCAUCGACACUGGGGCCUUCGAAGUGAACUUCAUGGACGAUGUGGGUCAGACUCUCCUCAACUGGGCAUCUGCUUUCGGAACGCAGGAAAUGGUGGAGUUCUUAUGUGAACGCGGCGCCGAUGUCAACCGAGGGCAGAGGUCCUCUUCCCUGCACUACGCUGCCUGUUUCGGGCGGCCACAAGUUGCUAAGACACUUCUGCGUCACGGCGCCAAUCCCGACCUCAGGGACGAAGACGGAAAGACUCCCCUGGACAAGGCCAGGGAACGAGGGCACAGUGAAGUGGUGGCCAUACUGCAGUCCCCUGGUGACUGGAUGUGUCCGGUGAACAAGAGCGACGAUAAGAAGAAGAAAGACGUUAACAAAGAGGAGGACGAAGGCGGCGAACCCAAAGGAGACCCUGAAAUGGCACCCAUCUACCUGAAGAGACUUCUACCCGUUUUUGCACAAACCUUUCAGCAAACCAUGCUGCCUUCCAUCAGGAAAGCCAGUCUAGCUCUGAUCCGGAAAAUGGUCCACUACAGCAGUGAGCUGCUUCUUAAGGAGGUCUGCGACAGCGAGGUGGGCCACAACCUGCCCACAGUUCUAGUAGAAAUCAGCGCCACUGUGUUGGACCAGGAGGACGACGAUGAGGGUCACCUCCUGGCCCUGCAGAUCAUCCGAGAUCUGGUGGACAAAGGAGGAGACGUCUUCCUGGAUCAGCUGGCCCGCCUGGGCGUCACCAACAAGGUGUCCACGCUGGCUGGACCAACGUCUGAUGAUGAGAACGAGGACGAGGUUAAACCCGAGAAGGAGGAGGAAGCCCAGGAAGAUGCCCGUGAGAUCCUGCAAGGAAAACCCUACCACUGGCGGGACUGGUCCAUUAUCAGAGGACGGGAUUGCCUGUACAUCUGGUCGGACGCCGCCGCCCUAGAGCUGUCCAAUGGCUCCAACGGCUGGUUUCGCUUCAUCCUGGAUGGAAAACUGGCAACCAUGUACUCCAGUGGCAGCCCCGAGGGCGGCUCCGACAGCUCUGAAUCACGAAGCGAGUUCCUGGAGAAGCUUCAACGCGCCAGGAGUCAAGUCAAACCCGUCACGUCUAGCCAGCCCAUACUAUCCGGCUUGGGGCCCACCAAGCUGACCGUGGGCAACUGGUCCUUGACGUGCCUAAAGGACGGCGAGAUCGCUAUCCAUAACUCGGACGGUCAGCAGGCCACCAUCCUGAAGGAGGAUCUGCCGGGCUUCGUCUUCGAGUCUAACCGGGGAACCAAACACUCCUUCACCGCUGAGACUUCUUUAGGCUCUGAGUUCGUGACGGGCUGGACAGGCAAGCGGGGCCGCAAGCUCAAGUCCAAGCUGGAGAAAACCAAGCAGAAAGUGAAGAGCAUGGCCAGGGAGCUCUAUGACGACCACUUCAAAGCGGUGGAGAGCAUGCCCAGGGGCGUUGUAGUCACCCUGAGGAACAUCUCCACGCAGCUGGAAGCCUCCUGGGAGCUGCACACCAACAGACAGUACAUGGAAGGCGAGAACACGUGGAGGGACCUGAUGAAGACGGCUCUGGAAAACCUGAUCGUGGUGCUCAAAGAUGAGAACACCAUUUCCCCCUACGAGAUGUGCAGCAGCGGCCUGGUUCAGGCGCUUUUCACCGUCCUCAACAACAGUGUGGAUCUGGACCUGAAACACGAUUGUAAGCCUUUAAUGGAGAGGAUCAAUGUUUUCAAAGCGGCUUUCAGCGAGAAUGAAGACGACGAAAGCCGACCAGCUGUUGCCUUAAUCCGAAAACUGAUUGCUGUCCUGGAAUCCAUCGAACGUCUCCCUUUGCACCUUUACGACACGCCAGGUUCCUCCUACAACCUGCAGAUCCUGACGAGGAGGCUCCGCUUCCGCCUGGAACGAGCGCCGGGCGAGACGGCGCUGAUUGAUCGGACGGGCCGAAUGUUGAAGAUGGAACCACUGGCCACCGUAGAGUCUUUGGAGCAGUACUUGCUUAAGAUGGUUGCGAAGCAGUGGUAUGACUUUGAGCGCUCCUCCUUCGUCUUCGUCAGGAAGUUGAGGGAAGGUCAGACAUUCACCUUCAGACACCAACACGAUUUUGACGAGAACGGCAUCAUCUACUGGGUCGGAACCAACGCCAAGACGGCCUACGAGUGGGUUAACCCGGCCGCGUACGGCCUAGUGGUGGUGACCUCGUCGGAGGGGCGCAACCUGCCUUACGGACGCCUUGAGGACAUCCUCAGUCGAGACAGCUCCGCUCUGAACUGUCACACCAAUGACGAAAAGAACGCUUGGUUCGCCGUCGACUUGGGCCUAUGGGUCGUCCCCUCGGCCUAUACGUUGAGACACGCCAGGGGAUACGGGCGCUCCGCUUUGAGGAACUGGGUGUUCCAGGUGUCCAAAGAUGGUCAGAACUGGAGCACGUUGUACACUCACGUGGACGACUGCAGCCUUAAUGAACCGGGGUCGACGGCCACGUGGCCUCUGGACCCAUCCAAAGACGAAAAGCAGGGCUGGAGACACAUCCGAAUCAAACAGAUGGGCAAGAACGCCAGCGCCCAGACGCACUACCUGUCCUUGUCGGGCCUAGAGCUUUACGGCACCGUCACCGCUGUGUGCGAGGACCAACUAGGCAAAGCUGUGAAAGAGGCCGAGGCCAACCUGCGUCGCCAGCGCCGCCUAUUUCGUUCUCAGGUGAUGAAGUACAUAGUGCCAGGGGCACGGGUGGUGCGCGGCAUCGACUGGAAAUGGCGCGACCAGGACGGGAACCCGGCCGGUGAGGGCACAGUCACAGGAGAGGCCCACAACGGCUGGAUUGAUGUAACCUGGGAUGCCGGCGGCUCAAACUCUUACCGUAUGGGCGCCGAAGGGAAGUUUGACCUCAAGCUUGCUCCAGGGUACGACCCUGAGUCGGCUGCCUCAGCGCCGUCACCCAAACCUGUCUCAUCCGCUGUUUCAGGCCCCGCCUUUGCCGCGCUGGGACCCUCCCCGACCCCGCCGGCCAGCGGAGGCGGCGCCGUGUCCACGCCGUCCUCCUGGAGCAGUCUGGUGAAAAAUAACUGUCCGGACAAGGGCGGGGCCUCAUCGCUAAGCGGGACUGGCUCGACUGGCCGCAAGGGCAGCAACAGCUCCGUGUGCAGCGCGGCGUCCUCCUCAGACAUCAGCCCAGGCUCCUCCCUCGGGCCGCCCACCGGGGGGCGAUCGGACAAGCGGGCCGAGGGCCUCCUUUCGGAGCGGGGCUGCGGGUCGGGUGGCGCCGCGGCAGGCGGGGCCGGAUCCGAGGGCCGGCGGCAGGAAGCCGCGGAGGCCAGAGCCCCCACGGAUGCCCCCUCGGACGCUUCUAAAGACUCGUCAGCCGACCCAGCGGCAGCGAUCUCCAUGGGACUGGUCAGCGUGAGCUCGCCCGACGUCAGCUCGGUCUCAGAGUCCCCCGGCAAGGACGCACCUUCUCAGCGGCCCCUGUGCUCGGCCGCCAAUGCCCGCCUCUCGGUCAGCUCGCUGCUGGCGGCCGGUGCGCCCAUGAGCUCCAGCGCCAGCGUACCCAACCUGUCGUCGCGCGAAGCCAGCCUCAUGGAGUCCUUCGUGCGCCGGGCGCCCAACAUGUCGCGCACCAACGCCACCAACAACAUGAAUCUGAGCCGCAGCAGCAGCGACAACAACACCAACACCCUGGGACGCGUCAUGAGCACUGCCACGUCCCCCCUCAUGGGCGCCCAGAGUUUCCCCAACCUCACCACCACCGGCACCACCUCCACCGUCACCAUGUCCACCUCCAUCGUCACCAGCAGCAACAACGUAGCCACGGCAACCACCGGCCUGUCAGUGGGGCAGAUGCUAAGCAACACUUUGACCGCCAGCCUCACGUCCACGUCCAGCGAGAGCGACACGGGCCAAGAGGCGGAGUUUUCGCUCUACGACUUCCUAGACAGCUGCCGCGCUAACACGCUACUGGCCGAGCUGGAAGACGAGGAAGACCUCCCGGAGCCCGAUGACGACGACGACGAGAACGAAGAUGAUAAUCAGGAGGACCAGGAGUACGAGGAAGUUCUGGUACAUAGAGCGUCGGCUAGCAAACGGAGAGUCUGUUAUCUAAUGAGAAGUAAGCGCUCUAAUGUUGGUGUCCCGCAGGAGGAGGAGGAGUACGAGACCAAAGGAGGUCGCAGGAGGACAUGGGAUGAUGACUUUGUCCUCAAGAGACAGUUUUCCGCUUUGGUUCCAGCCUUUGACCCCCGACCCGGAAGAACAAACGUGCAGCAGACCACUGACCUGGAGAUUCCACCGCCAGGAACUCCUCGCUCGGAAGUCCAAGAGGAAGUGGAAUGUGCGCCUUCCCCUCACCUGGCCCUCACUCUCAAGGUCGCAGGUCUUGGCACGACGCGGGAAGUGGAACUCCCUCUGUCCAACUACAAAUCCACCAUCUUCUUCUAUGUCCAACGGCUGCUGCAGCUCUCAUGCAAUGGUGCAAUCAAGACAGACAAGCUGAGACGCAUCUGGGAGCCCACGUACACGAUCAUGUACAGAGAGCUGAAGGACGUGGACAAGGAAAAGGAAAGCGACAAAUGGUAAGUAUUUGUGAGCCGGGCGUACAAAGCAAUGGCCAUAACGGCCCUUUCUUUUCAGGACUUCUGCGAACACGGCGUUGGCCGGAGUGGCAGUCUCAAUCCCGGCGUUUUGCCGACCCAACAGAGCAGCGACAUUUUGGGCUGUGGCAGGGAGGCGCCGCAGGCUAAAGCGGGUUGUGGUCAAAACGCAUGCGGCGUGGAGGAUGUGCUGCAGCUACUACGUAUUCUAUACAUCAUCGGCGGGGAUGCCGCCUACAACGCGCGCACGCUACAAGAAGACGCGGACGAGCCGCAAUUCAACGCCUCCCCGGAGGAGUUCACCAGCAAGAAGAUCACCACCAAGAUCCUGCAGCAGAUCGAGGAACCUCUGGCACUGGCCAGUGGCGCGCUGCCCGACUGGUGCGAGCAGCUCACCUCCAAGUGUCCUUUCCUCAUCCCUUUCGAGACCCGCCAGCUUUUCUUUACUUGCACCGCCUUCGGAGCCUCCAGAGCCAUAGUGUGGCUGCAAAACCGGCGCGAGGCCACCAUGGAGCGGUCGCGGGCGUCCGCCACGGUGCGAAGGGACGACCCCGGAGAUUUCCGGGUGGGUCGCCUCAAACACGAACGGGUCAAGGUGCCCAGAGGGGACGCCAUGAUGGAGUGGGCCGAGUCGGUCAUGCAGAUUCACGCUGACAGGAAGUCCGUGCUGGAGGUGGAGUUUCAGGGAGAAGAAGGAACAGGUCUGGGGCCCACAUUAGAGUUUUACGCUCUAGUGGCGGCGGAGUUCCAGAGAACCUCCCUGGGAAUUUGGUUGUGCGACGACGACUUUCCGGACGACGAGUCGAGACAGGUUGAUCUGGGUGGCGGCCUGAAGCCUCCGGGCUACUACGUGCAGCGUUCGUGCGGCCUCUUCCCGGCGCCAUUCCCGCAGGACAGUGAAGAGCUGGAGCGCAUCACCAAGCUCUUCCGUUUCCUGGGCGUUUUCCUGGCCAAGUGCAUCCAGGACAACAGGCUGGUGGACUUGCCUGUCUCGCAGCCCUUCUUCAAGUUGCUCUGCAUGGGCGACAUCAAGUCCAACAUGAGUAAGCUGCUCUACUCACCCCCGGGUGGGCCGGGCCUAGAGCCGGAACGCCCCAUGCUGCCACCGUUCGACGUGCGCUCCGAGGCGUCCACCGAGGACAGCCGAGAGACUUUCUCCGUGGGGAGCUUCGACGAAGACUCCAAGUCGGAGUUCAUCAUGGACCCACCUAAGCCGAAACCACCCGCCUGGUACCACGGCAUCCUCACCUGGGACGACUUUCAGCUGGUCAACCCUCACAGAGCCAGCUUCCUGAAGGAGGUCAAGGAACUAGCAGUUAAACGACGGCAAAUCCUGAGCAGUAAAAUUUUGUCUGAGGAUGAGAAGAACACGCGGCUUCAAGAGCUGACGCUCCGAAACCCGAUGGGCUCGGGACCUCCGCUCGCAAUCGAAGACCUCGGGUUGAACUUUCAGUUCUGCCCAUCGUCCAAAGUUCACGGCUUCUCCGCUGUAGACCUCAAACCCAACGGAGACGACGAGAUGGUGAGCGUGGAGAACGCCGAGGACUACGUGGAGCUGAUGUUUGACUUCUGCAUGCACACGGGAAUUCAGAAACAAAUGGAGGCCUUCAGAGAGGGUUUCAACGGUGUCUUCCCGAUGGAGAAGUUGAGUUCGUUCAGCCACAAAGAAGUUCAGAUGAUCUUGUGCGGCAACCAAUCGCCUUCUUGGACCUCCGACGACAUCAUCAACUACACUGAGCCAAAGCUGGGCUACACUAGAGACAGCGCGGGCUUCCUGCGUUUUGCACGCGUCCUAUGCGGCAUGUCGUCGGACGAGAGGAAGGCCUUCCUGCAGUUCACCACAGGUUGCUCCACGCUGCCCCCCGGAGGCCUGGCCAACCUGCACCCCCGACUCACCAUCGUUAGAAAGGUGGACGCGACGGACUCCAGCUACCCGUCGGUCAACACAUGUGUCCACUAUCUGAAGCUUCCCGAAUAUUCCUCCGAGGACAUUAUGAGGGAGCGUCUGCUGGCCGCCACCAUGGAGAAAGGCUUCCACCUCAACUGA